GGAAGGAGAGAGAGGAGGAGGGAGAGGCUGCCUGGCUGGGGCUCUCCUCUGUCCCUCUCUCUGUCCGCCUCGGAAGGAGCCCGACUUUCUGUUCCUGACGGUCGAGGGGCUCCUCUGUGCCCACUGCUUUCGGCAAGGGGCCAUGUCUUCUUCUGACGAAGAGACCCUCAGCGAGAGGUCCUACCGGAGCGAACGGUCCUGCAAAAGUGAGCGGUCCUACCGGAGUGAGCGGUCUGGCAGCCUGUCUCCUUGCCCACCUGGGGACACCUUGCCCUGGAAUUUACCCCUUCAUGAGCAGAAGAAGAGGAAAAGCCAGGACUCGGUCCUGGAUCCGGCCGAGAGAGCCGUUGUCAGAGUAGCAGAUGAGCGGGAUCGGGUCCAGAAAAAGACCUUCACCAAAUGGGUGAACAAGCACCUCAUGAAGGUGCGCAAGCACAUCAACGACCUCUACGAGGACCUGCGAGAUGGACACAACCUCAUCUCUCUGCUGGAGGUCCUUUCGGGGGUCAAACUGCCUCGAGAAAAGGGCCGGAUGCGCUUCCACCGGCUACAGAAUGUGCAAAUUGCGCUUGAUUUCCUGAAGCAGCGACAGGUGAAGCUGGUGAAUAUUCGCAACGAUGACAUAACGGAUGGGAACCCCAAGCUGACCCUCGGGCUGAUCUGGACCAUUAUCUUGCACUUCCAGAUCUCCGAUAUCUACAUCAGCGGAGAGUCUGGGGACAUGUCCGCCAAAGAGAAGCUCCUGCUAUGGACACAGAAAGUGACAGCGGGUUACGUGGGAGUGAAGUGCACCAACUUCUCAUCCUGUUGGAGUGAUGGAAAGAUGUUCAAUGCUAUUAUCCACAGAUACAGGCCAGAUCUGGUGGAUAUGGAGAGAGUUCAGAUUCAGAGCAGCCGGGACAAUCUGGAACAGGCCUUCGAAAUUGCUGAGCGCCUCGGGGUCACCAGGUUGCUGGAUGCAGAAGAUGUCGAUGUCCCCUCUCCAGACGAAAAGUCUGUGAUUACGUAUGUGUCUUCAAUUUAUGAUGCCUUCCCCAAAGUCCCAGAAGGAGGAGAAGGGAUCAGUGCCACCGAAGUGGAGACAAGAUGGCUGGAAUACCAGAACCACGUGGAAACCCUCAUCUCCUGGAUCAAGCAGCACACGAUAAUGAUGUCUGACAAAUCCUUUCCCCAGAACCCUGUAGAGCUUAAGGCACUUUAUAACCAAUACAUCCACUUCAAAGAAACAGAGAUCCCAGCCAAGCAGCAGGAAAAAAGGAGCAUCGAGGAGCUGUAUAAGCUGCUGGAGGUCUGGAUUGAAUUUGGCCGCCUGAAGCUGCCCCAGGGCUACCAUCCCAAUGAUGUGGAGGAGGAGUGGGGCAAACUCAUCAUCGAAAUGCUGGAGCGGGAGAAGCUGCUGCGGCCGGCCGUGGAAAGGUUGGAGCUGCUCCUGCAGAUAGCAAACAAAAUUCAGAAUGGGAGUUUGAGCUGCGAGGAGAAACUCACCCUAGCAAGGAAUACGUUGCAGGCGGAUGAAGCACACCUGGAGUCAGGUCAAACGGUGCAGUACGAGUCGGACGUGGUCAUGUACCUCCAGGAGUGUGAAGGGCUCAUCCGCCAACUCCAAGUGGAUGUUCAGAUACUCCGGGAUGAGAAUUACUACCAGCUGGAGGAGCUAGUCUUCAAGAUCAUGCGCCUCCAAGAUGAACUGGUUACCCUGAGACUUGAAUGCACCAACCUCUACCGGAAGGGGCACUUUUCCUCCCCAUCUGCUUUGGACUUGGUCCAGCCUUCCUCCUUGAGCACCCGGCACCUUAAGGCCGACCCCUUGAUGAAGGGGACGCACACCGCCACCGCUGCCACCACUGCUGCCUCAACCUCCUGGUUCCGGAAGCCCAUGACGCGUGCCGAGUUGGUGGCCAUUUCAUCCUCCGAAGACGAGGGCAACCUCCGGUUCGUGUACGAGCUGCUCUCGUGGGUGGAAGAGAUGCAGAUGAAGCUGGAGCGGGCCGAAUGGGGGAGUGACUUGCCAAGUGUUGAAUCCCAGCUGGAGGUCCAGCGCCACAUCCACAGCAGCGUAGAAAACCUGGGCUCCAGUGUAAAAGAGGCCCAGAUGUAUGAGGGUAAGAUGUCUCAAAAUUUCCGCACGAGUUACGCAGAGACACUGGGAAAGCUGGAGGUCCAGUACUGUAAACUUUUGGAAACGUCCAGUUUCCGCCUUCGCCAUCUCCAGAGCCUGUAUGAAUUUGUGUCUCGAGCGACUGCUGAAUUGAUUUGGCUAAAUGAAAAGGAAGAGGAGGAACUGGCGUAUGACUGGAGUGACAACAACCCCAACAUGGCUGCCAAGAGGAAUUAUUUCACGGAGCUCACGAUGGAGCUGGAAGAGAAACAGGAUGUUUUCCGCUCCCUCCAAGACACAGCCGAGUUGUUGUCCCUGGAGAACCACCCAGCCAAGCAAACUGUGGAGGCCUACAGUGCGGCUGUGCAAACGCAAUGGCAAUGGAUCCGGCAAUUGUGUCUGUGUGUGGAUCAGCAUGUGAAGGAGAAUACGGCCUAUUUCCAGUUCUUCAGUGACGCCCGCGAUUCAGAGUCGUACCUGAGGAAUCUCCAGGACACCAUCAAAAGAAAGUAUUGCUGUGACCGGAACACCAGCCUGACCCGCCUGGAAGACCUCCUCCAGGACUCCAUGGCAAAGGAUGAAAAGGAGCAGUUGAUCCAGUCCAAGAGUUCUGUGGCCAGUCUGGUGGGCCGCUCCAAGAGCAUUGUCCAGCUGAAGCCACGGAACCCCGACCACAUUUUGAAGAACACCAUCUCCGUGAAGGCCAUCUGCGACUAUCGCCAGAUAGAGAUCACCAUCUGCAAGAAUGACGAGUGUGUCCUGGAAGACAAUUCUCAGCGGACCAAGUGGAAGGUCAUCAGCCCCACUGGGAACGAAGCCAUGGUCCCGUCUGUUUGCUUCCUGGUGCCUCCUCCCAACAAGGAGGCCAUUGAUGUGGCCUGCAGAGUGGAGCAGCUGUACCAGAAAGUGAUGUCCCUCUGGCACCAGCUCCAUGUCAACAUGAAGAGCCUUGUCUCCUGGAACUACUUGAGGAAAGACAUCUCCAUGGUCCAAGGCUGGAAUGUGGAGAAGCUGAGGGCUUUGCCCCCCGGGGAAUGCCACCAGUCCAUGAGGAACUUGCAGGUGCACUAUGAGGACUUCUUGGAGGACAGCCAGGAUUCGGAGCUCUUCUCUGUGGCCGAUCGGCUGCGCCUGGAAGAGGAGGUAGAUGCAAGCAAGGAGCAUUUCCAACAGCUGAUGCAGUCCAUGGAAAACGAGGACAAAGACGAGACGGCUUCUCGGACGUACCUCUCCGAGCUGAAAAACAUCCGCCUUCACCUGGACGAAUGUGAGCAGCGGCUGGUGGGCACCAUCCGUACACCGAGCAGCACCAGAACAGAUGGGGAUGCCUUGCAGGAAAAUACCUUCCGGAUCGCUGAGCAGGAGCGGUUGAAGGAAGAUUUGCAAAAUCUGAAGGCAGACAUGGAGCAGCUUUCUGAGAGAUGCAACAUUUUCCUGCACAAGUCUCCGACCGGAUCCAGCACCCCACACCUCCGAUCUGAGCUGAACCUGCUAGUGGAAAAGAUGGACCACAUCUAUGGGCUUUCUUCCAUCUACCUGGACAAGUUAAAGACGGUGGACGUCAUCAUUCGAAAUACUCAAGGAGCUGAGUCUUUGGUCAAGGGCUAUGAGGUGAAGCUCAGCCAAGAGGAAGCUGUGCCAACUGACCUGGCCACCAUUCGCUCUCACCGGACCACUUUGCAGCAAUGGAUCGGCGAAGUGAAAGAGAAGAAGACCGUCUUCACAGCGUUGGAAGAUGACUUGGCAAGAGCCAAAGUGGUGGCAGACCAGCUCUACCGCCUGAAACAGGAGCGCAGCGUUGACCUGGAGCGAUACCAAGAGAAAGGGGCCCAACUAUGGGACCGAUGGCAAAGGGUCAGCCUCCAAAUUGAGACUCGCCAUUCAGAUCUGGAGGGCAUUGAGGAUGUUCUGAGUGAUUAUCGGAACUGCCAUGGGGCCCUGAUCCAGUGGAUCGAGGAAACCACGGCGCAGCAGGAGCGGAUGAAGCUGGGGCAGGCGGAAGACAGCCGCAUCCUUUCGGAGCAGCUCAGCCAACAGAUGGCCCUCUUUGCUGAAAUAGAGGCAAAUCAAGCCAAGCUGGACCAGUGUCAGAAACUGUCUCAACAAUAUUCGGCAGCCGUCAAGGACUAUGAGCUGCAGCUGAUGACGUACCGUGCCUUUGUGGAAUCGCAGCAGAAGUCCCCUGUGAAACGCCGGCGCAUGCUUUCCUCCUCUGACACCAUCACGCAAGAGUUCAUGGAUCUACGGACGCGCUACACAGCCCUGGUGACGCUGACCACACAACAUGUGAAGUACAUCAGUGACGCCCUACGGCGACUAGAAGAAGAAGAGAAAGUUGUGGAGGAAGAGAAGCAGGAGCGUGUGGACAAGGUGAAGGAACUCCUGGGUUGGGUCACAAGUUUUAAGCAAAGUGCACAGUUCAAAAGCAUCCCACCAAAGAGCAAAGAGCUGGGCGAUAUCGAGAAGUCCAUCUUGGAACAGCAGGUUCUUAAUGAGGAACUGGCUGCAAAGAAGGAGCAGGUCUCAGAAGCCAUUAAAACCACGCAGAUCUUCAUUGCAAAGCAUAGCCACAAGCUUUCUGGCCAGGAGAAGGAAGAGAUUUCGGACCAGCUGAAUGUCCUGCAGGCAACGUACAACCAGCUCUGCUCCGAAUCCACAGAGCAGCUUCAGCAGCUGCAAAGCCACAUGGCUCAGGAGACAGCCCACAAGGGAACGGAGACUGUGGCAGGAGUGCUAGACCUUGGCACAAUGGAAGUCUUCCAUGUUUCGGGGGCCAUGCAGAAAGGCCUCCUGGACAAAGAAACAGGCCUCCUGCUCCUGGAAACCCAAGUGGUCACAGGAGGCCUUGUGGUUCCCAGCACUGGAGAAAAACUCUCGCUUUCAGAAGGCUUAGCAAGAGACAUCAUAAACAUUAGGACCUACCAAGAGUUGCAGGAGCUGCAGAGUGCGGUCCAGUUGGUGGACAGCAGUGACCCUAAAGGGCAGCCACUUCUUCCUCUUGUGGCUGCCAUGUCAGAUGGGACAAUCAAUGAAAGUGUUGCUCUGAAAAUCUCAGAAGUGCAGCUCCUCACUGGUGGGUUUAGAGAGCCCUCCAGCCAUGGGAGGAUCAGCUUAGAAGAGGCCCUGCUAAGAGGCGUGGUUAACACUCACUUUCAUGAAAAACUGGACACUUACCUGAAUUCUUGCAAGACUUUGAUCGACCCCAAUUCAGCCAAGAAGAUUGGCUUGAAGGACCUGCUGCAGCAGUGCAUCCUUGAUCAGGAGACAGGGCUGAGGUUGCUUCCAGUUAGGCAGCUGGCAGGUGGGAUGGUGAGUCUAACGUCAGGCCAGAAAGUCAACAUCUUUCGUGCAGUUCAGGAAGGACUGAUAGAGACACAGGUAGCCGUGCGGUUACUGGAAGCCCAGCUCUUUGCUGGUGGCAUUGUGGACCCUAAGAGUGGCCACCGGUUGACUGUGGCAGAGGCUGCAAGACAUAAUUUGAUUGACCAAGAUCUGGCUUGUGCUCUUCUGGUCCGGCAACUGCAGACAGGUGGCAUCGUUGAUACGGUGACAGGAGAAAGGCUGUCGCUGGAUGAAGCUGUGAGGAAAGACUUGAUGACAUCAAGAAUGGCUGUGGUGGUCUUGGAAUCUCUUUGGUCAUUUCAGGGUCUAUUGCAACCUGAGUCGGGUGAGAUCCUCACAGUGGCAACUGCGCUGGAUCAGGGCAUCUUGUCUUCCGAAUUGGCCCAUAAGCUCCUAAGCCAGAGGCAAUACAUCGAGGCCAUCUUUAUACCAGAAACCCGAGAGAUUGUGCCCUGGCAGAAGGUUGUUGAUGGUGUGAUCCUGAGCCAAGAUAUUGCCAAGAAAUUAAAAUCAACACUCCUUCCUGAUGUCAUGCCAAACAUGCCCCUUGCAGAUGCACCAACCAGCAGAUCGAAAAAGACUAUCCCAUCUUCAGAUAGCCCAGUGGAUCAUGGAGAACAGAGUGAGGAUCUGUUAAGGAGCUGUGAAGAAAGAAUGCUGUUCUAUUUGAUGACCCACAGCUAUGUUGACACCCAGAGUGGCCAAAAAUUGCUCCUCCUGCCAAGUGAAGAGGUAAUCCACCUUGCUGAAAUUGUUGAGCCCACCAUAGAGAAGGUGCCUUACUCUCAACCCAUAGAAGCAAGCAAACACCAACCUCAAGGCUGGGAGGUUGUGGAGGACAGGAAGGCUGCAGCUGUGGAGGCAGAAUCCUGUAAUAAUUUGGCCUGGAAAGAACUUGAACUGAAUUUCUCAGCAUCACAAAAAAAGCUUAAGAAAGAUCCAACAUCAGGCAUUUGUCCAUCUGCCAAAAAGAAUGAAAGGGAAACCAUAUGUCAAAAUGUAGGAAGGGACGUGAAUGUGAAGAAGCGAGAGAAGGAGGUGAAUUCUGUGGGAGACUUUGGAAGUGAAAUGGAUGACUCCAAAAGAGAAUCGGGACAGAUAACAAUGCAGAAGCGAAGUGAAACAGAACUGCUAAUAUGUAAAUCCCUAAAAACUUCUAGCACUGAGAAAGAAUUGGGAGACAUGAAGAUGGGACUGGAAGAUGAUAAGUUGGCCAAACAGCCAGCAGAAGAAGAGACAAUACUUUCUGAAGAGCAAGAGAGAGUCUCUGAAAUUGGAAGAAGUUGCAUUGAAAAAGAAACCAGCAUGUCUCUUGGUAAAUGGGAGUUGAUGGAGGACUCGCAAAACUUGAAAAAGAAUGCACUGGAAAAAGUGAUUCUUGCAGCAACAAGUGAAGGUUCUGAUGUUAACUGGCUAAAUAUGGAGGAAGUAGAAAAUGGAUCAAUAGAAACCCUCCUUUAUCAAGCUGAAGGGAAGAUUACAGAUGAACUUAGUAAGGAAAGACGGCUGGAUGUGGAAGAAGGAGUAGUUCAUUCCCAUCAGACUGAAAUGUCGACAUUUCCCAAAUUGUCCACGGAGGAAGAUGAUACUCUGAAUACACUGAUAACACAACUAUGUGACGGUGGCAUAAUAAAUGAACAGACGGGGAAGAAGAUGCUCUUGGAUGAGUCUGUAGCCUGCGGAGUUGUGCCCAGUCACACAGCCAUCAAGUUGAUGGGCGAGAUGAAAAUGUUUGGUGGCUUCUUUGAUGCUGAGACCUGCGAAUCGUUGACCACUGAAGAAGUAAUCCACGAAGGACUGAUGGACGAGAAGCUUCUCCAAAAAGUGCUGGCCUCUGAUCAAGCCAUAAGUGGAGUGAUCGAUCCACUCAGCAAAGCCAUUUACUCCAUCAAGGAUUCGGCGGAGGUUGGUUUGUUGGAUAAGGAAACUUCUGCAAGGAUCCUGGAAGGGCAAGUGGUCACUGGUGGGAUUGUUGACUUCAAGCGUGGCAAGAAAGUGUCAGUCACUUUGGCUUCCAAGCUUGGCUUGGUGGAGCGACCCACCCAAGAAGAGCUCAAGAAACUAGAGAAGGCGUCUAAGGGGAAAGGCACUGACAGUGCAACCAAAGAGAAACUGAUCUCUUUGCAAGCUGAAAUAGGUGGCAUUGUAGAUCCUAAAACCAAAGAACCUUUGAUGGUCCCCCAGGCUGUAGGAAAGGGAUUGCUGUCUAAGGAAAUGGCCUCUCAGGUCCUGAUGAAGCAGAUAGCCGAGGGAGGGAUCCUUCACCACAAGACAGGCAUGAGACUUUCAGUAGAAGAUGCCAUUGUGCAUGGAUUGAUUGACCAAGGGCUCUAUGACGAUCUCAAAAAGGCAGAAAGUGUGUGUUAUCAUCAGUAUGUUCAUCCAGAAACAAAAGAACUCAUGUCCUUACCGCAAGCCGUAGCCCUUGGAUUGGUCAGCUCAGAUUUUCAAAGCAAAGUUCAAGGCAUACAAGCCUCAACUGGAAGCAUAUUUGACCCAGUAUCUGGUCAGAAAAUGACAUUGACUAAUGCAGUGAAGGAAGGAUUAUUACCCAAGCCAGUUAUGGAAAAAGCGGUGAUCUCCUCUGAAAUGAAGCAUGCAAUUGUUGAUCCAGAGAGCUGUCAGCUGAUUCCCUACUCAGAACUGGUCAGGAAGAGCAAAAUUGAUGUUGAAUCAGGACAGAGAUAUUUGGAGGUUGUCCCCUUUCGAGACCUCAAAGACGAAAGGAACGGUAAUGUGCUUCUGUGUCCAGAGGCAGUUAAACUUGGAAAGGUGGAGCCCACACUUGCAUUGAGGUUGUUGCAGACCCAAGCGGAGACUGGUGGCAUUAUAGAGCCUUCCACUGGCCAGAGAUUGUCUCUGGCUGCUGCUUUGGAUGCUGGGUUGGUGGAUGAAGACAUGGCCGAAGCCAUUGCUGUCAAUCAGCUCUUAAGGGGAGGGAUUGUCAGUACCGAAAUUGGAGAACGAGUGACAUUGAAGGAGGCAGUUGAAAUAGGAGUUAUCAGCAAGAAAUUGGACAGUGCAAUUCAAAGAAGUUCUCCAGUAACCAGUGGAAGUGAUGAUGUGAAAGAGCAUGACGGUUACCAGCCACAGCCGUUGCUGCAGAACGGUACCUCAAAGACUGAAGUAUUGGACGUUUGCAAAUAUUCUGCUGACAGCAAUGAUGUGAAACAAUCAGUAGUGUCUGAAGCAACAGACCCCAAGAUAUCUGAAGAGGCCACUACUGAUUCUUACAAAGGAAUUCAGGAGAUGCAGGAAGAGGCUGGUGACCCAGUGCUACCCUCCCUUCCUCUUACUUCUGUCCAAAAUAGCUUAUCUAGGCAACUUUUAGGAGAAAGCAAACUGGAAUCUGAGCUGGCCUUGAUGCUGGAUCCAGUUGGAGCCAUGCAACUGAAGGCCCAGAAAAAGGACAUUAAGAGGAAAAACAAAUUGAGGCGGGAAGGACUCUGGAGAGGAGAGGCUGAAAAGCAAACUGGAAGUGAUCAAGUGGCUGAAAGGAAAUGGGAAGAUGUGGUGCAGAAUGAGAGGAUUAAUGGGGACCAGAAACAAAAAGAGAGUGAUAGCACAACUCUUGACCUCAAUGAAGCUGAGAGAACCAUCUGCUUCAAAUCUCAGGAGACGUCUGCCUCCAGUGAACUUGGUCCUGCAAGUCAACAAGAGAAUGAGAAAACUGGCAUUGAUUCUGAAGAACCUGCCAAGCUUAAAGAGUCUAAGAAGCCGGCCUCAGAUGAAACUCUGUUGGUAGACACCAAGACUGAAGAGCCAAGACUGGGGUAUGAGUUCAGAAGCCAAGAUCACAAUGCUUCAGAAAGUGCUGAUGUAGAGCCCACCAAAAAGAAGAAGAAAACCAAAAGGAGUAAAAAGCAGGUUGCCAUCACGAGAGAACAUGAUAAGUUACCUGAAUCUUCUCAGCAGAGACCUUCCCAGAUUCCUAUCCCAGAUUCCAAAGAAAACUUGAUGCAGAGAAUCAAAGGUGAGUUGACUUCUCACGUCCAAGUAUCCUUCCAGGAGAAAAUCUCUGGCAAGAUGGUGAGGAAUCUGCUCAAGCUAGAACAAGUGGAUGGGAAGAAACUGGAUCAGCAAGCAUUUGGAAAAGAGGAGAAAGAAGCUGGAGUUAAAGAGAAUAUCACAGAUGACCAGAAAGUGAGCAUUAUCCCAAAGACAGAUGUGUUGGGAGAGGUAGCUGAACAAAAUUCCUCAUUAGUGGCAGCUACAGCAGAAAUAAAAAUGAAGGAUAUGCUGGAAGAAAAAAGAUCUCAAGAAAAUGCCCAAGAGCCAUGCCUUCCAAAUGAUGAGGUAUCCAAAUUAAUGGGCAUAGAUGACUCAAAAUCCUCUGAGCCUUCAGAGACAGAGGCCAUUCUAGAAGCUGAACCCAGGGGUUCUUCUCCUAUAUCCUCUCUUCUACAAGAGAAUACCAUCCAAGAGGUGAUUGAGGGAGAUGUCAAUGUUGAUGUUAAAGUGCUGCCGAUGGCUGAGGAAGAAGAGGAGACUUGGGAUGCUGACUCUCAGGGAGGCAAUAUGCCUGGUCCAGAGGAGCAGUCAUUGCAAGAAAAUGAGUUUCCAGAAGGCGAGAGGGAUUCUUCUGCUAGAACAUCACCCAACCUCCCAGACGUAGCCCUGAAAAUGACCAGAGAAAGCGAGAAUGCCAAUGAAGAAGGAUCCUGCAUGGUUGAAGAUGGUGACAAGAGAUGGCCGGAAGCUCCCAAACUUGCCAAGACUCUACACAGUAAACAGCUUUGUCUGGAAUACGAUGAAAAGCUGGUUGCGUUGUUGUCCAGGGUGCGUGACAUCGAAAUGCACAUUCAGCGGGUUCAGCUUCCAGAGAUGAGCUCAGCCGCACUGCAGGACCUGCUCCGCCAAGCUGAGGCCUUGGACACGGAGCUGAAGACUCUGUCAUCCCCAGUGACUCAGGAUCUGGAAGCAGCGAAAGGGAUUCUGGCCGGCCGGCCCCAAGAGGUCCCUGAGCAAUUGCUGAAGGCUUUGGAGAAAGAUGCCAAGAACCUCCAGCGCUCUUUUGGCUCCGUGAGCGAAGCCUUGGCCGCUUGGCUGCUCAACCUUCGCACUGCAGCGGAAGAGGAAAAGUCUAAAGUUCUGGCACAGCAUGAAACACUCCAGGGCAAACUGCAGGGGUUGCUCACCUGGGUCUCGGAGACCACGCAGUUUCUCGACAGCCUUGAACCUCUCACCAAAACCAAGGACUCUGGCCGGCUGAAUUCCUGCCUUCAGAGCUACAAGGAGCUGAAGGAGACCCUCGCAGACACCAAAUCCCAGCUGGAUGCGGCGGCCUUUGACAUCCAGGUCUUCAUCUCUGAGCAUGCACAGGAUCUAACACCUGAGCAAAGCAGGCGACUCCUGAGGCUGCUCAAUGAACUGCAGAGCUCCUUCCGGGAGCUUUCAGAGAGACUGGCCACUCGGACGGAGGUCCUGCAGGUCUGUCUCCAGCAAGCGGAGCAGACAGACCAGACCCUCCAAGAACAGCAAGUAAUCCGUAGCCGGAACUUGGAGGAGUUGCGCACCUGGAUGAAUCAAGCGGAGACUCGUUUGCUGGACCCACAAGGAGCCGUGAGCCAAGGAGAGCUUUCAUUGCUGGAGCAGAGGCAGAGCGACAUCAAGGACCUGCAGCGGAACAUGCACAUCCGGGCAGCCUCCUUUGCUGGCAUCUUGAAAGCGACCGAGGAGUUUUUGGAGGAGAACCGGAUGAAGCUGGACCCCCGGGAGCUGGCCUCCUUGCAAGAAAGGCACCACCAGGCUCAGGAUCAGUACCACUCCUUGCAGGAGAAGGUGGAAGCCGCACAGAAGGAGCUCGAAACUGCCGUCAGCACAGUGGUCCAGCAGCAGACGGAGAAGGUCAGAGCGAUCAAAGACUUUGAAGAAAACCAGAGCAAGAUUGAAUCCCUUCUGCAUUGGGUGUCUUCAUUGGGACAGUCCAGAGAGCUCCCCAAAGGCAUGGUGAGGCCAAUGGGGCACGAAGCCAGAGGAGAGGGAAAUGCAAGGUACCAAGAUGCUCCCGACGGCUGGCUGGUGGAUGCAGACAGAGUGGAAGAGAAUCUCGAUUUGCACUACCAAAACUUGAAGGCCCACCACCAAGAGCUUCUUUCCCAGCAGCAAGGCGUCCUCCUAUCCACACAGUCGGCCCAAGCCUUUCUGGACAAACAAGGGCACAAUCUUGCACCAGCAGAGAAGCAGAGACUCCAAGGAAAGCUGGAGCAACUGAAGGACCAGUAUGCCAUCACUUUGUCGCAGUCGGAGAUGCAGCUCAAACAGGUACAGGUGUUGCACGAUGAGUUGCAGAAGUUCUUGCGGGACCACAUGGAGUUUGAGGCCUGGCUGGGACCGGCCGAGCAAGAGCUGGAGAAGAUGCACGAAAGAGACGGCAGCCUCGAGUCCCUCCGGCUGAUGCUCCGCCGGCAGAGCAGCUUCUCGGAGGAUGUGAUCUCCCACAAAGGGGAUCUGCGGUUUGUUACCAUGUCGGGGCAGAAAGUGUUGGAUGCAGAGAAGGGGGCAGCGGCGGCAGUGGGUGCAACUGGACCAGAGGUUUCAGCCACUGGAGCAUUGGUGAAGAGCAAGUUGGAUGACGCCACCAAGAGAUACAGUGCUCUCCACUCCAAGUGCACAGCCCUUGGUUCUCACCUGAACAUGCUGCUGGAUCGGUCUCAGCAAUUCCAAGAUGUGGCAAACUCCCUCCAGAUGUGGAUACAAGAGAGUGAGGCUACUGUGGCCAAGCUCAUCUCCGAACCCAUUUCCUCUGACCCAGCCGUUUUGCAGAAGCAGCUGGCCAGUGCUAAGCAUCUUCAGGAGGAUCUUGCAGAACACCAGGUGCCUGUGGAGAAACUUGAAAAGGCGGCACGGUCUCUUCUGGAGAUACACCAAGCCCCAAUGCCGGACCACAGAGACAUUCAGCGAACCACAGAUUCCAUUGUGAGCCGUUUCCAGAGUCUCUCUGGCCGAAUGGCGGAGCACUCAGACCUCUUGCAGAAGGCCAUUGCCCAGUCACAGAGCGCCCAGGAAGGGCUGGAGAGCCUCGUCCGGUCCAUGGCGGAGAUAGAGGGAAACCUCCACCGGGAAGACGUUGCCACUUUCUCCUCUACUUCCAUCCAGGAAGCCCUUGCUACAAACAUGAAGCUGAAGCAGGACAUGGCCAGGCAGAGGAGCAGCCUAGAAGCCACCCGGGAGAUGGUGACACGCUUCAUGGAGACGGCCGAGAGGACCACAGCGGCUGCCUUGCAGAGCCAGCUGGCAGAGGUGACAGAGCGCUUCGGGAGAUUGUGUCGGCAGCAGCAAGAGAAGGAGGACGCCCUGAAGGACCUUCUCCCCAAAGUGGAGCAGUACGAACAGCUCUCCAAGAAGCUGGAGCAGUUCACGGAGAGCCGGGCCCGACUCCUGGCCUCGGGGAACCAGCCAGACCAUGAUAUCGCUCAUUUCUCCCAGCAGAUCCAGGAGGUCAAUUCUGAAAUGAAUCAGCGGCACGAAGACCUGGAAACGUUGGAACGUCUGACCGCAGAGCUCAACUCUUGUGCGUUUCCACUGGCAGGCUCCUCUUCGCACCAGGAGAAAGUGCGUAAUUUGCGGAAAGACUUUGCACAGCUGCAGAAAACAGCAAGGGAGAGAGAGAAAGGUGCAUCGUCCUGCCAGGAGCAGUUGGACGAAUUCCGAAAACUGGUUGGGUCCAUCAGACAUUGGCUGAAAGAAACAGAGGCGAAUAUCCCAGCCACAGAGACUUCUUUGGGCACCCAUGAGCUGGAGAAGCGGAUGCAGCAAAUUGAGGUCUUGCUGGAUGAAUGGACAGGAAGGGGAUCCCUUGUGGAGGAGAUCAACCGGAGAGGGACGGCGCUGGAGAGUUUGAUUGUUGAGAUUACAGCUCCUGAUGCACAAUCCAAGACAGGUUCUGUGCUGCCCACUGGGGGAAGUUCUGUUGGCAGCGUUAAUGGAUAUCACACCUGCAAAGAUCUGACGGAGAUCCAGUGUGACAUGUCAGAUGUGAACCAACAGUAUGAGGGUCUGGGUGCCACCUUGCAGGGGCGUCAGGAGCAGCUGUCUUCCAUGUUGGCAAAGAUGAGGGACACCCAGGAGGAGGUGGGCUCCAUCCUGACGUGGCUGGAGUCAAAGGAGAGGACCCUGAAAUCUUUGGAGGCCUCCUCCUCACCAACGAAGUCGGAGACUGUGAAAGCUCAGGCGGAGCACAACAAGGCACUUCUGGCUGAGUUGGAGCAGAAUGCCGUAAAGGUCCAGAAAGCAAAGCAGUCCCUAUCUGGACUCCUGGAGAAAUAUCCUGAAUCGCCAGAAGUAGGAAAUUGGAAGCGGACGUUGGAGGACUUAAAUUCCAGGUGGACCCGUGCCAAUCAAGUGACAGCGGAGCGCCAGCAGAAGCUGGAAAAAUCUGCCAACGAACUGGCAAGCUUCCAGGUUGCCGAAGGCCAGUUGCGCCCCUGGUUGAUGGAGAAGGAGCUCAUGAUGAGUGUGCUUGGACCGCUGUCCAUUGACCCCAACAUGCUGAGUGCACAGAAGCAGCAGGUUCAGUUCAUGCUGAAGGAGUUUGAGGCUCGCAAGCCCCAGUAUGACCAGCUGAACGAGGCGGCCCAAGGGAUCCUGACCAGCCCCGGUGAGGCCUCUUCCUCAGCCAGCCACAUGCAGGAGGAUCUCCAGGCUGUCAACCAAAAAUGGAUGGCGCUCAUGGAGCGUCUCAACUCCCGCUCGAGCCAAAUCGACCAGGCCAUUGUGAAGAGCACCCAGUACCAGGAGCUGGUCCAAGGCUUGUCUGAGAAGGUCAAGGCAGCCGGGCAGCGCCUGAGCACCCAGUUGGCGGUCAGCACCCAACCAGAGGCCGUGAAGCAGCAGCUGGAGGAGACCAGCGAGAUCCGCUCGGACCUGGAGCAGCUGGAAGAGGAGAUCACAGAAGCCCAGGCCUUGUGCGAGGAGCUCUCGGUCCUCAUUGGGGAGCAGUACCUCAGGGACGAGCUGAAGAAGCGCUUGGAGACCGUGGCCCUUCCGCUCAAAGGCUUGGAGGACUUGGCAGCUGACCGAAUGAAUCGUCUGCAAACUGCGCUUGCAAGCUCCCAGCAGUUCCAGCAGAUGUUCGAUGAGCUCCAAACUUGGCUGGAUGACAAAGUGAGGCAGCAGGCCCAGAGCGGUCCCAUCUCGGCCAAGCUGGAGAGACUGCAGUCUCAGAUCCAGGAGCAGGAAGAGUUGCAGAAGAGCCUCAACCAACACAGUGGCUCCUAUGAAAUGAUUGUGGCGGAAGGAGAGUCCUUGCUUCUCUCGGCUCACCCCGGGGAGGAGAAAGCCAACCUGCAAAGCCAGCUGGCUAACUUGAAAGCCAACUGGGAAGAACUUAGCAAGCAAAUUGUGGACCGGCAUGCCAAGCUCAAGGACUGCUUGCAGAAGGCUCAGAAGUACCAGCGCCACGUUGAAGAUCUUUUCCCAUGGGUAGAGGACUGCAGGUCAAAGGUGAUGGAGUUGGAAGUGACUCUGGAUCCAGUGCAGCUGGAAGCCACUCUUCUACGGUCAAAAGCCAUGCUGAGCGAUGUGGAGAAACGGCGGACCCUCCUAGAGAUGCUAAACAGUGCUGCUGACAUACUCAUCAAUGCCUCAGAAAUGGAUGAAGAUGAGGUCAGGGACGAGAAAGCUGGGAUCAACCAGAAGAUGGACACCAUCACAGAGGAGCUCCAGGCUAAGACAGGGUCCCUUGAAGAAAUGUCACAGCGGCUGAAAGAGUUCCAGGAAAGUCUUAGAAACAUUGAGAAGAAACUGGAAGGGACAAAGCACCAGCUAGAGAUCUAUGAUGCCCUUGGCCCUCAGGCUUGCAGCAGUAAGAACUUGGAGAAGCUGAGAGCCCAACAGGAGGCUCUUCAGGCAUUGGGGCCCCAGGUAGAUUACCUAAAGAACUUCACCCAGGGCUUGGUAGAAGAUGCUCCAGAUGGCUCAGACUCUUCCCAUCUCUUGACCCAAGCAGAGGUCGCCCAGCAAGACUUCAAAGCAGUCAGCCAAAAAGUGAACGAAUGUUGUGUGCUUAUGGAAAGCAAGCUGGAAGGCAUCGGACAAUUCAGCAACCAUGUUCGGGAGAUGUUCUCUCAGCUGGCGGACUUGGAUGAUGAGCUGGACAGCAUGGGCCCUGUUGGGAGGGACAUGGACAGUCUCCAGUCCCAGGCAGAAGAUGUCCAUGACUUCCUGGGCAAGCUUCAGCAACUAAAGCUGGACAUCCAAGCUUCUGAGAAGAGGUGCCGGCAGAUGCUGGACGAGGAGGGAAGCCCUGACCUCAUAGGGCUGAAACGUGAACUGGAGACCAUCAACAAGCAAUGCGGCAAACUGACUGAGCGAGGAAAAAGUCGCCUGGAGCAAGUGGACGCAGCUCUGGCUCGUGUCAGGGACUUCUACAACAAACUGAAGGAGCUGAACUACAUGACGGCCGCUGCGGAGGAGAGUGAAGCAUUGCAAUGGGUGGUGGGGACUGAGGUGGAGGUCAUCAACCAGCAGCUGGCAGGUUUCAAGUUGUUCCAGAAGGAGCAAGUGGACCCUUUGCAGCUGAAACUCCAGCAAGUCAAUGGGAUUGGUCAGGGACUCAUCCAGAGCGCAGGAAAGAAUUGCGAUGUGCAGGGCUUGGAACACGACAUGGAAGCCAUCAAUGCCCGUUGGAAUACCCUCAACAAAAAGGUAGCCCAGAGAACUGCGCAACUGCAGGAAGCCCUAUUGCACUGUGGGAAAUUUCAGGAUGCACUGGAACCUUUGCUCAGCUGGUUGGCAGACACAGAGGAGCUCAUCUCCAAUCAGAAGCCCCCGUCGGCCGAAUACAAAGUAGUAAAGGCUCAGAUCCAGGAGCAAAAGCUACUCCAACGUCUCCUGGAUGACCGGAAAGCCACUGUCGAGAUGAUCCAAGCUGAGGGUGGAAGGAUAGCACAGUCAGCCGAGCCUACAGACAGGGAGAAGAUAGUGGGCCAACUGGAGAGUCUCGGAAGCCGCUGGGCAGGUCUCCUCAGCAAAGCUGCAGCCAGGCAAAAUCAACUGGAGGAGAUCCUGGUUUUGGCCAAGCAGUUCCAUGAAACAUCGGAGCCCAUCUCUGACUGGUUGACGGUGACAGAGAAGAAACUGGCUAAUUCGGAGCCAAUUGGGACUCAGACACCUAAAAUCCAGCAGCAGAUCACCCGGCAUAAGGCUCUAGAGGAAGAGAUAAAGAGCCAGGCUCCGGCCGUGACUCAGGCGGUCAGCUUUGGUCAGUCCCUGGCCAUCCUGAGUUGCCGCCUGGAGCAGGCCUCUUUAGCUGAGAAGCUGGACCUACUGGAGUCCCGCUAUGCCGAGGUUUGUGACCGGUGUAGCCGCAAGGCCGCUCUCCUGGACCAGGCUUUGGCCAACGCCCGGAUCUUUGGGGAGGACGAGGUGGAGGUGCUCAACUGGCUGGCUGAGGUGGAGGACAAGCUCAGCUCAGUCGCCGUCAAGGAUUACAAGCGGGACAUCCUGCAGAGGCAGCAUGCCAACCAGCUGGCCUUGAAUGACGAGAUCGUGAACCGCAAGAAGAACGUCGACCAGGCCAUUAAGAAUGGGCAGGCCCUUCUGAAGCAAACCACAGGGGAAGAGGUGCUGCUUAUCCAGGAGAAAUUGGAUGGCAUCAAGACCCGCUAUUCAGACAUCACCGCCGCCAGCUCAAAGGCUCUUCGUACUCUGGAACAGGCCCGGCAGCUGGCCACCAAGUUCCAGUCUACACACGAGGAGCUGACUGGCUGGAUGAGCCAGGUGGAGGAGGAACUGGUGUCUGGUGGGGGGCUCUCGCCCGUCGGGGAGCAGAUCCCUCAGUUCCAGCAGAGACAAAAGGAACUAAAGAAAGAAGUGAUGGAGCACAGGCUGAUCCUUGACACCGUGAAUGAAGUGAGUCGUGCCCUCUUGGAGCUGGUGCCCUGGCGUGCCCGGGAGGGGCUGGAUAAGCUUGUCUCGGACACAAAUGAGCGCUACAAGGAGAUCAGUGACACCAUCAAGCAAAGAGUGGAAGAAAUAGAUGCCGCAAUACAACGGUCCCAACAGUAUGAGCAAGCGGCUGAUUCAGAACUUGCCUGGAUUGCGGAGACAAAACGGAAGUUGAUGGCGCUUGGCCCAAUCCGCCUGGAGCAGGACCAAACCACUGCGCAGCUUCAGGUCCAAAAGGCAUUCUCCAUUGACAUAAUUCGGCACAAAGAUUCCAUGGAUGAGCUACUGAGUCAGCGGAGUGAGAUCUUUGGGACGUGUGGAGAGGAGCAGAAGGCCAUGCUGCAGGAGAAGACUGAGUCCCUUCUGCAGCAGUACAACGACAUCAGCCACCUCAAUUCAGAGCGCUACGCACGUCUAGAGCGUGCCCAGGUCUUGGUCAACCAGUUCUGGGAGACAUAUGAAGAGCUGAACCCUUGGCUUGAGGAGACACAGACACUGAUUGGGCAACUGCCCCCUCCAGCCAUUGACCAUGAGCAUCUCAAGCAGCAGCAAGAGGACAUGAGGCAACUGAGGGAGUCAAUCGCUGAACACAAACCCCACAUUGACAAGCUGCUGAAAAUUGGACCCCAGCUGAAGGAGCUGAACCCUGAGGAAGGCGAGAUGGUGCAGGAAAAAUACCUGGCAGCAGAAGCCACCUAUUCACGCAUCAAAGAGGAAGUCCGGCAGCGGGCCCUGGCACUGGAUGAAGCUGUCUCACAGUCGACCCAGAUAUCAGAGUUCCAUGAUAAGAUUGAGCCCAUGCUGGAGACGCUGGAGAACCUCUCCUCCCGGUUACGCAUGCCCCCACUGAUCCCAGCUGAGGUAGAAAAAAUCCGAGAAUGCAUCAGUGAAAACAAGAAUGCCACAAUGGAGCUGGAGAAGCUGCAGCCAUCCUUUGAAGCUCUGAAACGCCGUGGGGAAGAGCUGAUUGGGCGGUCGCAAGGAGCGGACAAGGAUCUGGCAGCCAAAGAAAUCCAGGACAAAUUAGAUCAGAUGGUGUUCUUCUGGGAAGACAUCAGAGCUCGGGCAGAGGAACGGGAAAUCAAAUACCUUGACGUCCUAGAACUGGCAGAGAAAUUCUGGUACGACAUGGCUGCCCUCCUGACCACCAUCCGAGAUACGCAGGACAUUGUCCAUGACCUGGAGAGUCCCGGAAUUGACCCAUCUAUCAUUAAGCAGCAGGUUGAAGCAGCAGAGACUAUCAAGGAAGAAACAGACAGUUUGCAUGAAGAACUGGAAUUUAUCCGGAUACUUGGGACUGAUCUUAUUUUUGCCUGUGGCGAGACAGAAAAACCAGAAGUGAAGAAAAGCAUUGAUGAGAUGAACAGUGCCUGGGAAAACCUGAACAAGACCUGGAAGGAGCGUCUUGAGCGACUGGAGGAGGCCAUGCAGUCAGCUGUGCAGUAUCAGGACACGCUGCAGGCCAUGUUUGACUGGCUGGACAACACAGUGAUCAAACUCUGCAACAUGCCUCCGGUGGGCACAGAUCUCAACACUGUAAAAGAGCAGCUGAAUGAGAUGAAGGAGUUUAAAAUGGAAGUAUACCAACAGCAAAUUGAGAUGGAGAAACUGAAUCAUCAGGGGGAAAUCAUGCUUAAAAAAGCAACAGAUGAGACGGACAGAGACAUUAUCAGGGAGCCAUUGACUGAGCUAAGGCAUCUCUGGGAAAACUUGAGUGACAAAAUUGCCCAUCGGCAGCACAAGCUGGAAGGUGCUCUCUUGGCCCUUGGCCAGUUCCAACAUGCCUUGGCAGAGUUGAUGGCAUGGCUGACUCACACGGAGGAGCUGUUGGAUGCCCAGAGGCCCAUCAAUGGCGACCCCAAGGUUAUUGAAGUGGAAUUAGCUAAGCACCAUGUGCUGAAAAACGAUGUGUUGGCCCAUCAAGCCACUGUGGAAACAGUGAACAAGGCUGGGAAUGAACUCCUGGAAUCCAAUGCAGGGGACGAUGCCAGCAGCCUCCGGAAGCGACUGGAGACGAUGAAUUCCUGUUGGGAAUCAGUGCUUCAGAAAACAGAAGAGCGGGAACAGCAGCUGCAGAUGACCCUUCAGCAGGCCCAGGGUUUCCAUGGUGAAAUUGAAGACUUCCUUCUAUGGCUCACAAGGAUGGAGAACCAGCUAUCAGCUUCUAAACCCACAGGCGGGCUACCAGAAACUGCCCGGGAACAACUCAGUGCGCACAUGGAACUCUAUGCCCAGUUCAAAGCCAACGAGGAGGUCUAUGGCCAACUCCUGGCCAAAGGGAGGCUGAUGCUAUUAGCUCGCGAUGACUCUGGUUCCGGGUCCAAGACGGAGCAGAGUGUGGCUCUCCUAGAACAGAAGUGGGGCAUCGUCAGUACCAAGAUGGAGGAGCGAAAGUCCAAGCUGGAAGAGGCCCUCAACUUGGCAACAGAGUUCCAGAACUCCCUGCAGGAUUUCAUCAACUGGCUGACUCUUGCAGAACAGAGUUUGAAUGUUGCUCCUCCGCCUAGCCUCAUCCUCGCCACUGUGCUCUCACAGAUUGAAGACCACAAGGUGUUUGCCAAUGAAGUGAAUGCCCACCGGGACCAGAUCAUUGGCCUGGACCAAAGUGGGAACCAGCUGAAGUUUCUCAGUCAGAAGCAGGACGUGGUCCUGAUCAAGAAUCUCUUGGUCAGUGUGCAGUCCCGCUGGGAAAAAGUGGUCCAGCGAUCAGUUGAAAGGGGACGGGCUCUGGAUGACGCCAGGAAGCGGGCAAAACAGUUCCAUGAAGCUUGGAAGAAGCUUGUUGACUGGCUGGAGGACGCAGAGAACCAUCUGGAUUCUGAACUGGAAAUUUCAAAUGAUCCUGACAAAAUCAAACUGCAACUCUCUAAGCACAAGGAGUUCCAAAAGACCCUGGGUGGGAAACAGCCAGUUUAUGAUACCACGAUCCGGACAGGACGAGCUCUGAAAGAAAAAGCUCAGUUCCCAGAUGACAGCCAAAGCCUGGACCAUCUUCUCGGGGAAGUCCGUGAUAAAUGGGACACUGUCUGUGGCAAGUCUGUGGAAAGGCAGCACAAACUGGAAGAGGCCCUUCUCUUCUCCGGGCAGUUCAUGGAUGCCUUGCAGGCACUGGUGGACUGGCUGUAUAAGGUGGAACCACAGCUGGCUGAAGAUCAGCCUGUCCAUGGUGACUUGGAUCUGGUCAUGAACUUAAUGGAUGCCCACAAGGUUUUCCAGAAGGAACUUGGCAAACGAACAGGGACCGUCCAGGUGCUUAAGCGCUCUGGCCGGGAGCUUAUUGAGAACAGCCGUGACGACACCACGUGGGUGAAAGUGCAGCUUCAGGAGCUGAGCAAUCGCUGGGACACUGUCUGCAAGAUGUCUGUCUUGAAACAAACCCGGCUGGAGCAAGCCUUAAAGCAGGCGGAAGAGUUCCGGACUGCUGUCCAUUUGCUGCUGGAGUGGCUCUCUGAAGCUGAGCAGACCCUUCGCUUCCGGGGCGCUUUGCCAGAUGAUGCAGAAGCCUUGCAGUCACUCAUUGAUACACACAAGGAGUUCAUGAAGAAAGUUGAGGAAAAAAGAUUAGACGUGAACUCAGCUGUGGGGAUGGGAGAGGUCAUCUUAGCUGUGUGCCACCCGGACUGCAUCACCACCAUCAAGCACUGGAUCACCAUCAUCCGAGCUCGGUUUGAAGAAGUCCUUGCGUGGGCAAAGCAGCACCAGCAGCGGCUUGAAGCAGCACUGUCAGAGCUGGUGGCCAAUGCUGAGCUGUUAGAGGAGCUCCUGGCAUGGAUUCAGUGGGCUGAAACAACGCUGAUCCAGCGGGAUCAAGAUCCCAUGCCGCAGAAUAUCGAGCAGGUCAAAGCCCUCAUUGUGGAGCACCAGUCAUUUAUGGAAGAAAUGACCCGAAAGCAGCCAGACGUGGAUCGUGUCACAAAAACAUACAAGAGGAAAACCACUGAGCCAAGCCAUGGACCUUUCAGUGAGAAAUCCCGAAGCAAUAGGAAAUCCUUGACCCAGACUGCCCCUCCUCCUAUGCCUAUUCUGUCCCAGUCAGAAGCCAAGAACCCGCGCAUCAAUCAGCUCUCAGCCCGCUGGCAGCAGGUGUGGCUGCUGGCAUUGGAGCGACAACGCAAGCUCAACGAUGCCCUGGAUAGGCUGGAAGAGUUGAAAGAGUUUUGCAAACUUGGACUUGAGGUGGGCGGAAAAAGUACAUGCGCUGAUGAAUCACAAGAAAUCACGUGUCAUGGAUUUUUUCCGGCGUAUCGACAAAGACCAGGAUGGGAAAAUCACCCGGCAAGAGUUCAUUGAUGGGAUCCGGCAUCUAAAUUUCCCACCACAAAGCUGGAGAUGACCGCAGUAGCUGAUACUUUGACCGCGAUGGUGAUGGUUACAUAGAUUAUUACGAGUUUGUUGCAGCUCUGCAUCCUAACAAAGAUGCUACCGGCCAACUACAGAUGCAGAUAAAAUCGAGGAUGAGGUGACAAGGCAAGUGGCACAGUGCAAGUGUGCAAAGAGGUUCCAAGGGAGCAGAUUGGAGAGAACAAAUACCGGUUCUUCCUCGGCAACCAGGUACAGUGUGGCUUGCAAUGCUGUCUCUACGUUUCGUAUACAUGGUUUUCCUUAGCAGACUUGCA